GAGAGCACACUCCACCUGCAGCCUGCGCACUGCCGAGAGCAAAGGCGGCUGGUAUUUUUCCUAGCACCAGCAGUUGAUUGCUUGGCAUCGUUAUCACCAGCGCACGCUCGCGAUUGGGUCCUUCGUAGUUAUCUCUAGAAGUUGGAGGUGGAACAGCGGAAGCAGCAAUUGAGAGAGAGAGAGAGAGAGAGAGAGAGAGAGUUCUUGGACGAAUCCAUCCAAGAAGUCCAGAGGGGACAAGGAAGUAGGGGAGGGAGCAACCAUCGUUUGGAGCUGGGAGUGGCCGAGUGGGGCAGGGGAUCGAUGGAGAUGGAGAGCCCGCGGAGCCCCGAGGCGGAGAUCGGGCACCGGGUGGAGGACCUGUGGGAGGUGGCGGAGCCGCAGCUCUCGCCGUCCGAGAAGCUCAACUCCUGCUUCGAGGACAUCCCCGUCGCGUCCUUCCCGAGCACGCACCCGUCGCAAGUAAUUGAGAUACCUUCAGAUGCCAGUCUUGCUGAAACUGUCGAAAUAUUAUCCAAAAACAAAAUCUUGAGUGCACCCAUAAGAAAUGUUGAGGCUCCAGAAGAUGCUAGUUGGAUGGACAAGUACAUCGGUAUUGUGGAGUUUGCUGGUAUUGCCAUGUGGCUGCUCAGUCAGUCUGAUGCUGCAGCUAAUGGGACGACCGGUUCUGGAAAUGGAAUAGGAUCACCUGUCUCCAAUCUAGUUUCUAGACUGGGCUCUUUCACAUUCAAAAGGACAUCAUCCGGCAGGGUAGAAACUACUACUGAUUCAGAAUCAGAUGAAUCUGCAUCGGUUGGUGGAAGCUUUUUCGAAACCCUCACUUCCUCUGAAUUCUACAAGAAUACAAAGGUUGGUGAUAUCUCAGGGAGCUUUCGGUGGGCACCAUUUCUCGCACUGCAGAUGUCUGACACAUUCCUUACCAUGUUGCUGCUUCUAUCCAAGUACAGAAUGAAGAGCCUGCCAGUUGUAGAGGUUGGCGGAGAUAAGAUUGAGAACAUCAUCACGCAAUCUUCUGUUAUGCACAUGCUUGCAGAGUGUGUUGGACUUCCCUGGUUUGAGAGCUGGGGGACUAAGAAACUUUCUGAGCUUGGACUCCCUAUCAUGAAGCCAUCGAAACUUGUCAAGGUAAAUGAAGAUCAACCGGUUCUAAAAGCCUUCCAACUGAUGAGGGAAAAAGGGGUUGGUGGUCUACCAGUCAUGGACACAAGUGGAGCAAAAGCAAUUGGUAACAUCAGUAUCAGAGAUGUCCAAUAUCUUCUAACUGCCCCCAAGAUAUACAAAGAGCACAGGACGAUCACAACAAAAGAUUUUCUCACUGCGGUCCGACACCAUCUUCAGGAGCAACAUGAGGCCUCGCCCUUACUGCACGAUGUAAUCACUUGCAAAAAGGACGAUACGAUCAAGGACAUUAUGCUGAAGCUGGACUCUCAGAAGAUUCACAGGAUCUAUGUCGUAGAUGACAAAGGAAACACUGAGGGGGUCAUCACAUUGAGGGACAUAAUCUCAAAGCUGGUGCAUGAGCCGCGCCACUACUUUGGGGAUUUCUUCGAUGGUGUUGUUCCCCUGCCUGCAAACAGCACUGUAUGACACCGCAUCACGGUCCAGUUGCACUGAUAUACCUGCGCAAAUGUACAUUAUGAACUGUUCUGGAGGUUCCUUGCUGUGUAGUCCUUUUCUGAACCUCCUCAAGUAAACAGAGUAUUACCGACAAGGACGUACAAAAGACUAAAGCGUUAAUGAAUGGAAGUGGUGUACCCUGAAUAACUAGGGGACUACCUGAGCCUUUUUUCAUUUGUUUUUGUACAAUCCUGUCUCCACUCUUCUGUUUUGCUAAAGAUUUUCACUUGAUUUGCCUU